GCAAUACUCCACGACAUACUCCAUCGCUCUCUACAACAAACUGAACGCUAUGGCACCCACCACCGGAUCUCUAGAACCAACCGCGAGCAACGACGCGCAGUCGUCGGUCACAGGGGUGGCAGGUAAUGACUACCCUGAGCAGAGACAUGCGGGUGCUGUCGGUCUCGGGCCUGAAUAUGGCAGAGGCGUGACCACCGAAGAUAAGAUCGUAGGCUUCAAGGAGGAGGUCAAGGGAAAGAUCCUGCAUAAGCCCGACGUGGCCGAGCGUGGGCGCAUGAUGCGUACGGGUGAAUUGAAGAAAAAGCAUGAGGAAGAGGAGAAUCGCAACAAUCCAUUCGAGACCGUCGACGAGGACCAGAAGAAGGCUGGUGCCACGGACGACAUGGUUAUGCAAAGCAACGACAACCAGCACGCAUCCAUGCCGCCGGGCGUGGCCGACUCUUCACACCCCACGGACAGCGACAAGUACGCUGAGGCAUCGACUAUUGCGCCAGAAGGCUCGCAGGAUGCUGAACGUCAACGAGGUGGCGAUCAUGCGUACCGGACAAUUGGCUGAGUGAAAGAGCGAUGAAGAAGGAUGUUUCAAUCGAACAAUGUUACCAGUAGAUACCUCUUGUAUGACGCCAGUUAUUCUGCCUAAUCCCAAAUCUAUCGGCCUC